AUGAGCCUGCAACACCCCUGGGGCGCCCCGAGACAAAAUCAAAGCACACGCCUCACGCCCAUAACCACUGCCGCUGCCUCUGCCCACGACCCGCGCAACACGAACACGCCCUCACCCAACCACCCCCGCGCCAACCAAUCGCCUAUAACGUCGUCAUUCCCCGCUCUGCCACCCGCAUCUUCGCGCCUUGUUGGUAGCCGCAAGUCUUCGGUUGCCUCAUCCACGUCGUCGCCCUACACGCCCGCAGCAGGACAGCAGCUCCCCGCCAGCCAGCUGCUGUCCUCCAGAGGGACCAGGACCAUAGCGCCCCAGGCUGCCUCGCAACUGGCUUCCUCCGCCGCCGCCGCUACUCAGGGCGCCGGUGCACAGUCAAACAGCGGCGGAGGAGCCUCCAAGCUUGUCCGCGCCUCGCCCUCGCUUUCCAUAUCGAGCACCACGGGCUCGCCCAGCACGUCGGCCAAUUCCUCUGGCGCUUCAUCUCAGAACCUUUCACGCAUUGUCAUUGCCCAAAUCUUCCUCUUGCUGAGUCAAUUUGGCCCGGUGAAGGACGACAAAGAUCGCGCCAAGUGGGACACGCAAACCGAGCAGAUCAGAAAGCUGGUCGAUUCAAACGGUAUGGAGGUCUUCUCAAAGUACUUUCGGCGCGUGUUGCAAAACAAUGCCGCCACCAUUUUCGGUACCGCCACACGCAGCCCCGAUCCUCCCAAUGGCAGCUAUCAGAUCCUCCUCUCAGAAGUACAUAAGAUACGGCAGGAUCCUGAGCAGGCAGACAAGAUCGCAGAAUCAAUUAGCUCCAGCGAGGGCGACUUGUUCCGCGACUUCGACCUAGCAACCUUCCUCUCGCACUUCAAGCUCGACUUGAUUUCGAAAACGAUGCUCGCACUUGCAUGCAGAAAGACAGAUCUGCGAUCCAAAGCCGAUGCUGUCCUAUCCACAGUAGGCGACGACCUGCUCGUGACCAUUGCACAACCGGCCGAAGACGAUAUGAGCCCUGAAUACGUCGCCACCCUUGUCGAACGUCUACUUCAAGAUCCACCCCCGGGAUGGGAUGAGGAUAAGAAAAUGAGCUUGGCAUACGCUGUUCAGAUGCACUAUCAGCAAUUCCAGCAGCCAAUUCCACCCGUGGUCGAAUCAAAGCUGAUACUCGUCGAGCUCACAGACGGCUCGCGAAACCCCCUUGUCAAACUAGUCAAGCAGGCAGGACCACAAGGCACGGCGACCGUCGAAGCAUGCAAAGAGGUGCUUGCGUCGGCCGAAACGCGCGACAUCAGUUAUCAGCAGAUUUCCGCUGUUUUACUCUACCUGGCCCUCUCCACUGGCUACAACGCGAAAAACUUUGUAGCCGCGCUACGCGAACACCGGGCCGGACAGCGAAUAGACUGGCAAGACGUCGUGCUUGCUUUCGACCGAGACCAUCUACACAUCGAACGGCAUCAGUUCCUCGCCAUAUACAAUGCACUGCUCCCCGUCGCCCAGGACACCGAGAAGUUCGAUAUACAGGCGCUUUGGGGAGGACAAUGGCAGCACAACCUGACGCAGCUGUACUUUGUCGUAGCUUUUCUGUCUAGUACACCGCAAGAGCUGGACGUGACGCAGAUUCCCCGAUUACGCACCUCGUACUCAAUGAAGACAUUCGAGAAUGCUUCAGAGGACGCCAAGGCCUUUGCGGAACAAGCGGUUAAGCAUCCGUUUGUUUCCUUGGACGCAACAGCCGCGCUGUUCAACAUGAUCUUCCAGACAUCAGAGACAUAUCAUGCAGCACAAUUGAUGAGCAUACCCGAACAAGUGAUUAAUCCUCACACGGCGGAGUUCCUCGUCGCGGCCGCAGCGGUUCCAAAACCAUGGGGUGCUUUGCAGGAGCAGGCGUUGAAGCAGCUUUUCGACCCCUAUUUCCACAAAAAACUUCCCAUCUACAACUUUGUGCUCUAUGGGCUCUGGCAACAAGAUAUGCAGUGGCUCGUUGACAGAUUCGUCGAUGCCUACAACGCGGACUCCAUGACUCUUACCCUGGUCCUUGAGCAUGCGGAAGCUAACCACUGGUUAGAGCCACUGAUUCGCAGCAAUACUGAUAUCAGCUUAGACCUAGCUGCGCAGGCGCAUGCCCGUGGCAAGUUCGAAGUUGAGCCCUGGUUACAGCAAACAUUCGACCAGGCUGGGCCACUAUUCCGUCGCAUCUUGACCAACUUCCUAAGUGCGCGCGCCCAAGAAGAAAUGCAGCGUGUACGAGACGACCAUCAGCCCCUCAGUCUUCCUUUGGCUGUGAAGACAGUCUAUCCGCUGCUUUGGUUUCUUGCAGAAUGUGGCCUACCCGAGCAUGAGCUGCUGCCCUUGCAGCGAAACUGUAUCCAAGCCUAUCCUCGGUUGAUAAACUACGGCGAAGGCGUGGAUGACGUAAUCGAUGCGAAUGGCCAAAACGGUAAUGCGCUUCCAGAAGAUGCCGACAAGAAGAUGCAAGAGCACUUCAAGAACAUGUACAGCGGCGAGAGCGAUGUCAGGGACAUCAUCUCUGCACUAAAAAAGUACAAAGAAUCCCGCGAUCCCGCUGAUCAGGACCUCUUUGCGUGCAUGAUUCAUGGCCUCUUCGACGAGUACAACUGUUUUGGGGAAUACCCGCUAGAAGCAUUAGCAACCACUGCUGUACUUUUCGGGGGUAUCAUCAACUUCAACCUUCUAUCGCGAAUUGCACUUCAAGUUGGACUGGCAAUGGUUUUAGAAGCCGUGCAGGAGUUCCGACCUGAAGAUAGUAUGUACAAGUUCGGGCUCCAGGCACUCAUUCACUUCUCAAACCGACUAUCUGAAUGGCCCAACUACUGCGACCAGCUUCUCAUUGUUCCUGGGCUCCAAGGAACUGAAAUAUUCGUCAAGGCUGAGGAAGUUGUGGGUCAACAAGUCGGAGAGGUGAACGGUGACGGACAUAACGGCAUAGGCCUGACGAACGGUAAUGGCAUCGAGGAUACCAUCCACCAAGAACCUGCCAUACCCAAGUUCACAUGCCUCUAUGUUGAUCCACCACUCCGUCCGGAGCUGUACGAGGACCCUGACGAGGAGGUUCAAGACAAAGUAUUGUUUGUACUGAACAAUGUGUCCGAACGUAACUUGCGCGACAAGAUCAACGACCUCACUGAAGCUGUCGAGGAGAGGCAUCACCAGUGGUUUGCGAAUUACCUGGUUGAGGAGCGUGCCAAGAUGCAGCCCAACUUCCAGCAGUUGUAUCUCGAUAUGCUCGAGCUAUUCAACGACAAGAUGCUCUGGGCAGAAGUGCUUCGCGAGACAUACGCAAGCGUCAUUCGCAUGCUCAACACUGACUCUACGCUGGGUUCUACCGAACGUGGUCAUCUGAAGAAUUUGGGCUCCUGGCUCGGAUCUCUGACCAUCGCCCGGGACCAGCCGAUCAAGUUCCGAAACAUCUCGUUCAAAGAUCUGUUGCACGAAGGCUACGAUACAGACCGUCUGCUGCUCGUGAUACCUUUUACUUGCAAGGUCCUGGUGCAGGCUGCCAAGUCCACAAUAUUCAAGCCUCCUAAUCCAUGGUUGACAGAGAUGCUGGGGGUGCUUAUGGAACUCUAUCACUUUGCCGACCUGAAACUCAACCAGAAAUUUGAGAUUGAAGUACUCUGCAAAGGCUUGGAGCUCGACCACAAGGAUAUCGAUCCGACAAACACUAUCCGAGGACGACCCCCAGCGGAUGAGGAGUUCUUGGGUGCGAUGGUCACCGACGGCAUGGAAGCGUUUGGAGAUCUUUCCAUCAUGAGCCUGAACCGUGGCGCAAGAGGUCCCAACGAACGCUUCUCGUCUGCUGCAAUCACAGCAGCUCUGCCAGACUUUACCAACCAGCUCCAAUACCCACCACCCGGAAAUGGCGCAGUUCCUCCAGCAGCACUAAAGAAGAUUUUCCUUACUGCGGUCAAUCAAGCUAUACAGGAGAUUAUUGCGCCAGUAGUGGAACGCUCUGUUACUAUUGCCGCUAUCUCAACGUCGCAAUUGAUCAACAAGGAUUUCGCUAUGGAACCAGACGAGGAGAAGCUUCGCAAUGCGGCGCACACUGUGGUCAAGGCUCUAUCUGGCGCCCUAGCUCUCGUCACCUGCAAAGAGCCUCUACGCAUGAGUAUUCAGAACAACAUUCGCGUAACAGCAAGAGAUCUGCCCGACCAAGGACUUCCCGAGGGCCAUAUCCUUAUGUUUGUCAACGACAACCUCGACCUUGUCUGCAACACUGUAGAGCAGGCUGCUGAGAUGUCAUCUCUCGCUGAGAUAGAUAUGCAAAUCGAGGACGCAGUUCGCAUGCGGCGAAUGUUCCGCAGUUCCCGUCCCAAUGAGGCUUUCAAGGACGCCAACAUCAGCCCCUGGGCCUUUUACAUCCCUGAGCCGUACAGGCAGAUGCCGGGUGGCUUGAACAGGGAACAGCUGUCCAUUUACGAAGAGUUUGGUAGACAGUCGCGGGGUGCUCCGCACGUUAACAAUCCUUCCCAGGAUGGGGGUCGGCAGCUUCCAGACGUACUUCAAGACCAAUUUGCGGCGGCAGUGCCAAACCUUCCCACUCCAGGUGCUGCACCGGCAGAGCCUCGACAACCAGCACAACAGCCUCGGCUUCAGAACCUCCAAGCACCCCAUACAGCCUUAACGCAACAGCAACAACCAAAUGGCUACAUGGAGGCUCCUGGUCUGGAACGUGGGCAGCGUGGCACGGACGAUCUUCUUAUUGAACUUACCCGCGUCGUCAAGGAAGCACCAGAAGAACGCAUAAGCGACCUUCAGCCGGGAAGCAGCAACGUCCACCAAGUUUUCGAUCAACUCGUUUCUAGCGUUGAGUAUGCUGGACCUAAUAAGGAAAACCUUGCAUUCCGCAUUGCCGGUCAAGUGACUAAUCAUCUUUUUUCCGACUCCUUAAGCCGUUUGGAAGUCGAGGUUAUGGCACAUCUUUUGAGCCACCUGUGCCAGUUGUCCGUGCAGACUUCCCGUCAAGUGCUGAUGUGGUUGGCCACCCUCCAUGAAGACGACCGCAUCUUCAAGUCUACCGUUAUGGUGGCUCUUAUGGAAGUCAACCUUAUGGAUAUGCAUCGCCUGAACACGACCAUUGCAAAGGCCAUUCAGGAUCGCCGCGUCGCUGCGGUAGAAAUGCUCUCUAGCUUGAUGGACGAGCUCAUAUUGAAUGAGCACCCGAGUGCUUUCCGUGCGGACUUUGCCAUGUCUAUUGAUGCUCUUACCGUCUGGUUAGCAGAAGAGCCUACCUUCGAACUUGGCAAACGCAUUCUCGCCAACCUGCAGGCACCGUCCAACGAGCAGUUACUGACCCCUCCAGCGACCGGGCAUAAGGACCAGCUCGAGUAUGUAUUCGAUGAGUGGGUACAUCUCCAAAUGGAAAGCAUGCCAAAGAAGGCGGUGGGCGCUUUCAUCUACCAGCUCCACCAGCAGAAGGUCAUGGAGACUCAAGAAUCUUCCAUAAUAUUCAUUCGGACCUGCAUUGAUGCCUCCGUAGUCGCGUACGAGCAGGAACAUUCGCUUCCGUUUGGCAGUGGCAACGAAGACAUUGCAACUGUCAAGAUUGAUGCGCUUGGACGACUGAUCGUCGAUCUCGUUGUCUAUCAAGGCGAGCAGGGUGAGCAAGGCGGACCGGUCAAGGAGAACAAAGCGAAAUACCUGGAUCAGAUACUCGUCGUGGUCGUCCUCGUUCUCUGCAAUCAUCACAACACCCGAGGAGACGCCUUCUGCCAAAAGGUCUUCUUCAGGCUCUUCUCUGCUAUCCUGUUCCACCUUAACGAUGCGGUCAAGGAAGAGGCUUUAGAAGACCAAAAGGCAGACGUUUUCCUUGCAGUGGCUAGAGCUCUCCUAGCUCUCCAGCCUUUGCGCGUUCAGAGAUUCACCUUUGCGUGGCUUUCACUGGUGGCACACCGCAUCUUCAUUCCUGCCAUGUUAGAAGAGGGUCAAGACGACAAGCGGUGGGAUGCGUACGCUCAGCUUGUGGAGACGCUUCUGACUUUUACUGGAAAGCUCAUCAAGCCAACGGGAGAAACAAUUAUGGCUCAACAAUUCUACCGUGGUGUCCUGCGAGUUUUGUUAGUUGUACACCACGACUUUCCUGAGUUUCUGGUCGAGAACCACUUUCGCUUUUGCAACAGCAUUCCUAUGCACUGCACACAGCUUCGAAACCUAAUUGUUAGUGCAUAUCCUUCAACGAUCCUUGAAAUGCCAGACCCGUUUACCGCAGGACUGAAGGCAGACCGUCUGGAGCAUGAUCUCCAAGCCCCGGUCAUACGUGCCGAUAUCGCACACAUCCUUUCGGAGGCGGGCAUCAAAGGCGCCAUCGACAACCUGCUCAAGGGUUCAGAGCUGAAGAACCAGGAUGUUGACAAGGUCCGUCAAGCAGUGUACUAUCCGGAGGCCAAGUCUGCCGGUUUCGAGCUCGUCCCAACGACUGCGAACCCGAAGCUGAUACACGCAAUCACUCUGUACAUUGGCAUUUCAACUUUAGGCGCUGGUUCAGCCAGUGCGCCUAUCUUUGACGCCGAGAGCCCAGCUACGAAGGCUAUUGAGAGGCUUGUAAAGGACUUGCACCCUGAAGCGAGGUUCCACUUCAUAAGUGCAAUUGCGAACCAGCUGCGAUUCCCCAACACACACACUCAUUUCUACAGCUACACGCUGCUGCACCUCUUCGGGCCGCCGAACGACGACUCGUUGGCUCUGGAGAUUCAAGAGACAAUCAUCCGAGUGCUGUUGGAGCGCCUGUUGGUCCACCGCCCGCACCCAUGGGGCCUCAUCAUCACCUUGCUGGAGAUUCUUAAGAACCGUACAUACGGGUUCUGGGACCUGCCGUUUGUCAAAGCGGCACCUGAAGUUGAACGGCUUCUCAACGCCCUCUUUACUCAUGCUCAGCAGAGCCCACGACCGCUAGCCUAAGACGCUAGCGACGAACAACUCUCCACCACUGCACUACCUGGGCUAUAAAGUCCUGGUACUCUUUGGUCUCUACCACAUGACAGUCAUUCUUUUCCUACUCAACCUAAUCGCUUUUCUACUUGAUCAUUUGGCUUUUCACGAUGACUGCUUGUGGGAACCAUGCACUCCUUUGGGCUGGCCAGCAAAAACAACAACAAGGGAUACCAUGGACGACUGUAUGUGGAAACAGAGAGGAAAACUAAACAUGGUCAGGGAUGGAGUCGUAGGGAAAUGAUGAUGAUGCUCAUUCAGGAUUUCUUUGUAAUCGUUUUCCCGUCUGUCUGUCUAGGUCGGGAGUGGGGACUACGAUAUAAAAAAGCAACGGAGUUUUCUUUGCGGAAUAUGGAACUUGGGGGUUAUUUCUAAUCCGUCCGUCACACAACGGCGAUACCAGCGUUUAACUAGUCACAUGUCUUGCUGCGCAUUCUUGUAGAAUAGCAUUUGCUCGGCGAACAACUUUGUAUCUUGGGCGCGUGGGAGAGGAUGACAACUGGGGUGGGUGGGUCCCAAGACGGGUAUGUAACGCUUAUACCGGCGUCACGUGCAUACUGUGUAGGAUAUUAUCAUGAAUGGUGUUUUUUCGUUUUUGUCU